UUUUUUUUUUUUUUUUUUUUACCCUCUGGAAUCCGACGAUAAGUAUAAAUCAGCAUCAUCAAUACAACAAUACAACAAUACAAUCUUUACGUGAUACGCAAGGCAAGACAGAAAUAUAUACACAACUGUCAUAUAACAAAGCAUACGUCGGCGACGACAACGAAUCGAUUGAAUACACCCGGCCUUUUUUUUCUUCCCCUACAACCACUCUAUGGACCGCUAGCACCAACACCAAAAGGCGCAUACCCACCCAUACACACAUUCCCGGGAUGGCGGUACAAUCAACUCUCCGCCACUCGGCGGCCGAGGCAGCCAUCGCCGCCUUCCUCGACAAGUAUACAGAGCUUAUCAGCACUCGCCUGCGGAAGACGUCACGGACGACCAGGUUGCUGGGGACAUUGGCCCUUGCCGCUUCAAUCGUGCUCGCCGGCGCUGGGGGUAGGCGAUGGUGGAGGAGGCGGCGGCAGGAGCGCGAGACGGGCCGCAAGCUCGUCCGCACAAACAGUUGGCUGUCGAACAAGGACGGUUCACGCACAAUCUACGUCCCCUACAAGGACGGCACGUCAAAGGUGGUCAUACAGCGCACCAAGCCCCUGACGUUCGAGGCGCACAGGAGGCUGUUUUUGAACCCGCCGAGGGUUUCGGGCCUGGCCGAUGGAUCCGUCCCGGCUGCUCAGACCAAGCCCGGUCUGAAUCUGGCCUUCCUUCACCAGUUUCUGAGCCUCAUGAGCAUCAUGAUCCCGCGUUGGUCCAGCAAGGAGGCUGGUCUCCUGGUCAGCCAUGGCAUGUUCCUGAUGCUGCGGACGUACCUUUCCCUGAUUGUUGCGCGCCUCGACGGUGAGAUUGUGAGGGAUCUGGUUGCUGGAAAUGGAAAACAGUUCCUCUGGGGAAUUGUCAAGUGGUGUGGACUGGGAGGCUUUGCAUCAUACACCAACGCCAUGAUCAAGUUCCUCGAGUCAAAGGUCUCUAUUGCGUUCCGGACGAGGUUAACCCGGUACAUCCAUGAUUUAUACCUCAACGACAACCUGAACUACUACAAACUCCCCAAUCUAGACGGCGGAGUGGGUCACGGCGCAGAUCAAUAUAUCACACAGGACCUUACAUUGUUCUGCGCAGCGGCGGCAAAUCUGUACUCAUCACUAGGAAAGCCGUUUGUCGACAUCUGUCUCUUCAACUACCAACUCUACCGCUCGUUAGGUCCUGUUGCCCUGACGGGUCUGUUGAGCAACUACUUCCUGACAGCCACGAUCCUACGCAAGCUGUCGCCGCCUUUUGGUAAGCUCAAGGCCGUCGAAGGUCGCAAGGAGGGUGACUUUAGGACUCUGCACGCAAGACUUAUUGCCAACGCCGAGGAGGUUGCCUUUUACGGUGGUGCCGACAUGGAGAAGCACUUCCUGAACCGCGAAUUCAAGUCGCUCAAGAACUGGAUGGAGGGCAUCUACAUGCUCAAGAUCAAGUACAACAUCCUCGAGGAUUUUAUUCUGAAGUACAGCUGGUCCGCUUACGGCUACCUGUUGUCGUCUCUGCCCGUCUUCCUCCCCGCCUGGGGUGGUCUUGGCGGCGCAGCCGAGAUGGCUGCCGGCGGCGAGGAAGGGCACAGGGAGCGCGGGCGCAUGGGUGCCUUCAUCACCAACAAGCGCCUCAUGUUGUCGCUGGCUGAUGCCGGCGGCAGGAUGAUGUACUCGAUCAAGGACCUCUCGGAGCUUGCUGGCUACACCAGCAGGGUCUACAGCCUGAUAUCGACGCUACAUCGCGUGCACGCCAACGCAUACUACCCACGCGGCCGCAUCAACGAGCUGUACUCGCUGUCGGAUGUCCAGGGAACCAUGCAAAAGGGCUUUGAUGGCGUGCGCCUCGAGCAUGUCCCCGUUGUCGCGCCUGCGUUGUGGCCACAGGGCGGCGAGGAGCUCAUUGAGUCUCUGUCUCUUGUUGUAAGGCGUGGGGAACACUUGCUGAUCUCCGGAGCUAACGGUGUUGGCAAGUCGGCCAUCUCACGCAUCCUGGCUGGACUUUGGCCCGUCUACCGCGGCCUGGUCAGUCGGCCGAAGAACACUGGCGAGGACGGCAUCAUGUUCCUCCCACAGCGGCCGUAUUUGUCUAUUGGAACCCUCCGCGACCAGGUCAUCUACCCCGACGGCGAGCUCGACAUGCGCGGCAAGGGCAGAAACGAGUCGCACCUGAAGCGCGUCCUCGACGAGGCCAAGCUUGGAUACCUCCCCGACCGCGAAGGUGGAUGGGACACGCGCAAGGAGUGGAAGGAUAUUUUGUCUGGUGGCGAGAAGCAGCGCGUCGGCUUCGCCCGGCUGCUCUACCACGAGCCGCAGUAUGCCUUUAUCGACGAGGGUACCAGCGCCGUCUCGAACGAUGUCGAGGGUUACCUCUACGAGAUGUGCAAGGAGAAGGGAAUAACACUCGUAACGAUUUCAACCAGGGCGUCGCUCAAGAAGUACCACACAUAUAACCUGGUUCUCGGUCUUGGCGACAAUGGCGACGAGUGGACGCUCGAGCGCAUCGGCACGGAGCGCGAGAAGAUGAAUGUGGAAAAGGAACUGCACGAGCUGCGCGAACGACUCGAGCAGGUUGAGGAGUGGAAGCAGCGCCACCAAGAGGUGGAGCAGGAGCUGGCCCGCGUCUGGACAGAGGGUGGUGAGGUUUUGAGCCCGCCGCCGUACGUAGAUGCAGAGGAGAAGCAGCCCGCGGAGACGGACAAGACGAGCAGCGACGAUGGGUUGUCGUCAUCUGGCGUGCAGGUGUAAAGGAGGAGGGCUGCCUAUUGGGGGGGUGUAUGAGUGUGGAGGGGGUUGUUUGUAUGUCUGUGUUGUUGCAGUUGCUACCAGUUACUACUUUUGAACUUGUACAUGCAUCUGAGGCUGACAAGAAUAGAUAAUUGCCAUGCCGGUUAUGUUCCCGCACAGGAUCGUCACGACGCUGCCGAGCCUGCUGCCAAUCAUCCACGAACACGAGGACGUGGUGCCGCCAGCUAUCCCGCGGCUCAUCACACCGACCAUCCCGCCUCGGUCGUACCGCCGCGCGGGAACCGAGGUAGACGGUCUUUGGUUCGACGGCAACGCCUUUGCCGCGGUCGCAGACUAUCUCGAUAACCAAGAUCAGAGGAGGCUGCUGUCGCCCUUUUACGCGAAAUCGGCCUUCGCGGCCGAGUCGGACUACGGCGAGGUCGUCAUGGACAAGACCCUGCCAACCAGGCCGUACGAAGAUUACGAAGACGAGCCGCCGAGGGUGCGAUUCUUGGACAGAUGGGGCUGGAAGAAGGUGGUGCUUGCCGUGGCGGGCUUCAGCUUGUUCUUGCUGGUCUUAGGGUUGGGGACUGGCUUUGGGUUGCAGAAUAGGGCUUCCACGACUACAGGUCAACAAGGCGAGGGUCAAUCUCCUGGACUUCAGCCCAGCGCUUCACCUACAUCUACACCUACUGGACGACCUUCGCAGACGCCAAAGCCAUCACCCCCGGCGACUACGCACCCGAAACGGUUCCCAGCAGGGACUUACAGUUUCACGGCGGCUUUGAUGUCUGUCCAAACCAGCUGCACGUCUGACCCGGCCGUAUUCGGCUGCUACCCCUUUACAACGUACGGAUCGUCGACGGUCAACCAAUCGGCGGCGACGUUUGAGUGGACCAUCGAGCCGGCCGCGGGCGCCGCCAAGGACAACGGCAGCAGCUACUACCAGCUGUCGUCGGCGGCAGGUAGUGUGAGCAACGCGACGCUGCUGCCAGAGUUUACCAACGUUACCAUGACGCUCGUCGAGGCCAACACGGACACGGAGCGGUACACGUUCAACCUGACCAUCGCCAAGGAGUACGUUGUGCCCAACGGCACGGCCGUGGUGCUGCCCGGAACGGCGGACUGUUGGUACAACAGCACCGUGGUCAAGGUGGAGCUGUGGACGCGCCAGAGGGCGACCUACCCGCCGGGCAUCACCGACGUGCCACUGCCUAGUGCCGACGAGACCGGGUCGACAACGACGGCAGUCUCGCCAUGGCCGUACAAGUUCACCAUGAGUCAGGUUCAAGGUGCCAGCUCAAGUGUGCCCGAGUGUCGCAACUCUGAGGGAACAGUGCUGGGGCCAACGAUUAACGGAGCGGGUGAUUGCAAGUGUUCAUAUAAGAAUUUUGAUAAUAGUAACGGUGGAACAAUUGCAACUGGGACGGGGCCCGUCGGUGGGUGCCGACCAUCGGCGCCGGUGUGGGGUCUAUUUAUGUCAUCAGCGGAGCCCGGACGCGGAACUUCCCCACGAGACGAGGUACUGUUUACUAUGGUAGGCUCUCCGUAG